AUGAAGCUGUACACGUUGCUACCCGUGUUAGCGCUUCCCGAAAUCUUGGCGCAGGGUGACUUUGCAAUACUUGAUCCAGAGGUAGCUGCAGUAGCAGAAGAUCCGAACUUUAAUCCUUACAAUAGCAAGCCGCGUGGAGUAGACUCAGCCGCCACAACACCAGAAGCACAUGCCGUGGAAAGUUAUGACUUUGACCCAUCCGAGGGUCUGACGUUUUACGUAGCGGGUGGUAGCAGUGAAUGCUUUUUUCAAGAUGUCAAACUUGACAGCGAUCAUUUAAGUGGCGCUUACGUAGUAAGUUCUGCUGAUUCGCACAUUGAUUUGGAGGUGAAAAAUCCCGAGGGUGCUACGAUCUACCGCCGAACAGGUGACGAUGAGGGCGAGUAUCUCAUUUCGCCAAAGCAGGCAGGCAUUUAUGAAUUGUGUUUUCGGAAUUCGGACUCGGAUGGCAAAUUGGUGACACACGUGACCAAUACUUUGCAGUCACAGCAUCCAGUUGAAAAAGAACAUGUGAGUGUGUUAGCCAAGUACGCAUCGCAUGUGGAUGUGCGUCUUGGCGAGCUCGAGUCAGAAUUAAGGCUCCAGCUGAUUAGGUUAGACAGACAUAUAAAAGUGGAGCAAGAGAUGAACAAGCACGUCACGUUUUACGGAGUGCUGGAAUGCGUCGUUUACCUCAUAGUCUGCUUUUUUCAAGUGUACUACAUUAAAAGUUUGUUGAAUAACCCGCGUAAGGCCAAGUCUUGGGUGUGA